AUGGCCAAUAUUGAACGACUGUUCGCCCAACGAAGUCACGUUGAAGCCGAAGUGAAGAAAAUCCACGAGCGAAUUAGUGAUGGGGGCACCAAUGCGAGUUCUGUACGAUUGAAGAGUUAUGAAAUCAAACUUCAGUGUCACUACCAGGAGUAUGAGCGAGUAUAUAGUGAACUUUUGUCCGUACUCUCAGCUGAGAGAUUCGACGACCUUGAAGAGGAUUUCUCGCACUUUGAGGACACCCACAAUAAUGCCUGCGCCCUGGUGAAAAAUCUUUUGCUUUCCGUCCCGACCGCCAGUGGCACGGGUAACUACAAUCGAUGGACAACAUUCAACAGCUUCACUGCGCCACGCUGGAACACCCCUCCGAUCCGAAGCCAAACGCCGAAACCAAUGACGGAACAGCCCGUUCCGAUUCCCGCUGUAAACGAAACGCCACGCACGUCAUUACCAAACGAAAUAAAGGUGAGUACGAUUAUCACAAACCCAACCCAGAUCGAGAAGCCGCCACACGAUGAAGCAACCAAGAACACGAUCCCUAUUCGUGGUUUCGUCGAGAUCCGCAAUCCUCCGACAAGCGAGAAAGAUUCACGCGUCGGCAACGAGCCGACCGAGUUUGUCAACAGCAAGACCGAAGAAUCGAAGCCGAUGACGAUCCCGAUGCUAACCGGACUCGGUCCGGUACUGAUGCCGUUUCACCCGCCUCCUGGAUUCCACCCGACGCCUAAGCAGAACCCGAUGCCAACCGGAAUGCCUCCGGUGUCCCACUAUUCGACCGGUUCUCAACCGGUAUCCCAGCCUCUUCAAUCAACGACCGGUUCCCUACCGGUAUUUCAUCCGCUUCAGUGCAAGAACGACACUCUUCCGACAUGGAAGCAGUCCCGAUGCGUGACCGGAUCUUGUCCGGUGCCCCAGAUCCCGUACGUGGCCGAAUCCGUUCCGACGCCGACGCUUCCAACCGCGAUGACCGGAUUUCGUCCGGUGCAAGACCAGUACCCGUGUGCUGUUGAAUCACAUCCGAAGCGACCCGAUGUAGCCGGAAUUCCUCCGGUGUUGAAGCCGUUCCUGUCGACAGUCGAAGCUUCACCGGUGACCACGCCGGCCCUGAUGUCUAUCGGUGCCAACCCAGUGAAGAAGUCAACCACUACGUCUUUCGAUGCCCGUUCGGCGACCAAGCCGACCAUGAUGUCCGCCGGUUCCCUUCCGGUGGGCAAAACGAUCUCGCCGUCCGCUGGAACCAGUCCAGUGGACAAUUCCGCCCCGAUGGCCGUCGGUUCCCAUCCGAUGGUUAAGCCGACCCCGAUGUCCGUUGGAACCAGUCCAGCGUGCAGUUCCGCUCAGAGGUCCGCCGGUACUAGUCCGGUGGUCAUGCCGAUCCCGAUGUCCACUGGAACCAGUCCAGUGGGCAGCUCCGACCAGAGGUUCACCGAUGCCAGUUCGGUGAUCAAUUACGCCUACGUGUCCGCCGGUUCCCCUCCGGUGACCAAGAUUAUUUCGCCGUCCGCUGGAGCCAGUCCAGUGGGUAGUUCCGCCCCGACGGCCGUCGGUUCUCGUCCGAUGGUCAAGCCGACUCCGAUGUCUGCUGGAAACAGUCCAGUGGGCAUUUUCGUCCAGAGGUCCACCGGUGCUAGUCCGGUGGUCGAGCCGAUCCCGAUGUCCACUGGAAACGAUUCAGUGGGCAACUACGCUCUGAGCCCGAUGGUCAUGCCGAUCCUGACGUCCACCGGUGCUCAUCCGAUGGUCGAUUCCGUCCCGAUGUCUGUCGGUCCCUUUCCGGCAGCCAAACCGACCUUGACGCACAUCGAAGCCAACCCGCCAGGCCAAAAGUUCACUAGAACGAGUUCAGUGGUGAAGCCGACCGCGAUACCCACCAGAGUCAAUCCGGAAGCCAAACCCUUCAACGAUUCAGUCGGUCUCUGUCCGGUAGCCAAGCCAUCCCCGAAGCCCACCGAUCUCCGUCCGGUGACCCAGUCAAACCCGAUGUCAUCCAGCACUGUUGCAGUGAUUAGCAAGACGAAUAGAACAUCACCGACAGCCGGAAUCCGUCCGGCACGCAAGCGUGUCCGAAGCAGAACGAAUCAAGUACAAAUUCCGAAGACAACAGAAACCCGCCCAGCUACGAAACGUGCCCUCAUGUCCUCCGGAAUCCGUCCGGUCUUGGAAAAACCACCGAAGAAGCUGUGGAUCGUGGUGGUCCUGAAGUUCGACCAACCACCAUUGGAUCCGCCGCCGGUCAACUCGACUGGUGCUUUCGAAUAUCUCCAUUCCGAUACUUGGCCAAGGAAACCACCAGAUUCCCCGAAGCAAAUCCGACCCAGUGAAGCCUUUGUGGAGCGUGUGUCUCGAACGCGUCCACUCAACGAGCCGACCCAGAGGCUGGCCAGCAUUCUCCCACCUAUUCUGGCCGGGGAGUAUGUUCACGCCAACGCGAAGGAAUACCCGCGAAUAUUUUGCCCCUAG